GAGGACUGACCACGCAGGCGUGCAUGGCGACGACAUGCGAGAGAUUCGCCAACCGCGCGCUCCGCAUCCACCGCUUCGUGAAGCGCAACCUCGUCGCCGGCCCCCUCCGCUGCCUCGGCGCGACGACCACCGGGACUUCGGCAGCGCCGCCGCCGACGGUACGCCAGCUCGGCAAAAACGCCCUCGUGGUCGACGUGGACGCGCUGCUCCUGAAACCGUCGCCGUCCGCCGCGUUCCAGCCGUUCUUCCUGGUCGCCGUCGAGGCGGGCGGCUACGUCCGGGGCAUGGUCCUGCUCGCGCUCUACCCCGUUCUGCGCCUGCUGAACCACUGGGCGCGCGUGAAGACCAUGACGAUGAUAUGCUUCUGCGGGAUGCGGCGUGACGAGGCGGCGAGGAUCGGCAGGGCCGUCCUCCCCAAGCACUUCUUCCGAGAGGCGGCGGACAUGAGUGCGCUGGAGGCGGUGAGUGCGAUGCCAAAGGAGGUGAAGGUGGCGGCCGUGAGCCGGUCGUUCCCGACGGUAAUGGUGGAGGCGUUCUUGAAAGAGUACGUGGGGUUUGACGCGGUGUUCGGGAGGGAGGUGAAGGGAGGGCCCCGAUACUUUGCCGGCGUGAUGGAGGACGCCGAGUCGGACACGGAGAUGCUUGAACUUGUUCUGAAGCAAACCGAGAAGAAGUCGUGCAAGUACCCGAAGCCUAUAGUGUUUCAUGACGGCCGGCUGGCGUUCACGCCGACGCCAGCUGCCGCGCUCGCCAUGUACAUCUACUUCCCCUUCGCCGUCGUCCUUGCCACCGUCCGCAUCGCCAUCUACACCCUCCUUCCAUGGCGCGUGUCAAGCGUCGUCGCUGCGCUCACCGGCGUGAGGGUGCGGGUCAUCGGCGCCCCUCCCACGGUGGACAGCGACGACCUCGCGGCUAAGCCCCACGGCGGCCAGCUCUACGCCUGCAACCACCGCACGCUCCUCGACCCGGUCGGCAUCGCCAGCGCGCUCGGGAGGCCCGUUGCCGCCGUGUCAUACAGCCUGGGCCGCCUGUCUGAGGUGCUCUCUCCCAUCCCCCUGCGGCGCCUCACCCGCGACCGCGAGGAGGAUCGGCGCCGCAUGUCGUCCACGCUGGCGCGCGGCGACGUCGUCGUGUGCCCCGAGGGGACGACGUGCCGGGAGCCGUACCUGCUCCGGUUCAGCCCGCUGUUUGCCGAGCUCGCUAGCGAGGUGACCCCCGUGGCGGUCGACGCGCACACGAGCAUGUUCUACGCCACGUCCACGUCGCCCGUCGCCAAGUGCUUCGACUCGGUGUACUUCCUGAUGAACCCCCGGCCGGAGUACAGCGUCCAGUUCCUGCAGCCGGUGAACACGGAGGGCGGGAGGAGCAGCAUCGAGGUGGCGAACGAGGUGCAGCGCGUGCUGGCCGACGCGCUCGGGUUCGAGGGAACGGCGUUGACGAGGAAGGACAAGUACCUGCUUCUAGCCGGGAACGAAGGGGUCGUCGCGACCAAGAGAAGCAAGAGCUAG